GCAGAGUCCCAGUUGAAGGUGACGCAUUAUGCAGAUGAAGUUCGGUUUUUAUAACUCAAGUGGCUGACAUCUGAAUCCUGAUGCAAAGUAAUUAACCAGUGGACCCUGGAUGACUUAGUGUGCAACAAGUUGGCUCUCGUUCAUGAAUUACCAUGUAAAUGAGCUGUGUGCACACAAUGGGCAUGGCCAAGCUCCAUUUUACACAACAGCAACUUCACCGCUCAUUAAUCCAAGUAACCUUUGCAAUUUAGCAAUUGUUCGAAAGGCGUUUCGAAAAGCAGUAGUGUCACUUGAUUAACUGCAGCAUGGCGUGAAGAAAAGAUGUACUUAUCUUGCGCUUUCACAACUUUAGGGCUACACAGCCAUGAAGGAUCUCACAACGUUACCCUGGACUAUAGAAGAGACUGCCAAUUGACCCACAGUGAUGAUCGAGUAACUGAGAGGACAAACUUACUCAAAUCGGAGACAGAGGCAGCCAAGAAAUGGGCCAACAGAUGGGGAUUUCUGGUGACCCAGCGCAAUCAGAUUGAGGCUGAACAGGAGAAACUGAGAAAUAAAUGCAGACUGCUUACUCCCGAACACCUGAAAGUUCGCCCUGCAUCUCCAGUCAGCAAGUACAUCCAGGUGGCUCCAUCUCCUGCCGUACCAAAGACGACACAAGGUUUGAUAGGCUGGAGGUCCGGGGUAGCAGGAUUAGAGCUGGAGCGAUAUGGAAGCUCCCGGCAAGGAAAAUGGAGCUUUCUCCAUCAAAUGAAAUGGCCAGAAGACAGUAUUGACUGACAGUUCCUCAGUGAGAUCAUUUUCACCAUCAGUCAAACUGAUGUGAAAGCUCAGCAAUGCUGGUUUUAACUUCGGCUUUGUCACCACUCUAGGUUGUCCCUAUGGUUUUAAGAUUCUUUUGUUUGAGAAUACCUUUUCAUAAGAUUUAUAAAGCAUAUGGAAAUAUAUGAAAGAGAAAUAUUUUCCACCAUAUGUUUUUUUCUCUUCCUCCUAUCUCCUCCUAUAAACUCCUAUCGCAGAGAAAUGAAUCACUUUCAAUUUUUGGCCAGUAACACUGAGAUACAAUAAUGUUUACUGAAUUAACUAAUAUAAUGCUGACUGAAUUAGAAUAAAGGAGCAUGGAGACCUUUCACAGUCAGUGAGGGCUUUUUAAUCAUUCAGAUCAAUUGACAGUCAAACACUACGAGAAUUGCUUAAUAUUUGUAUGGCAUUACGUCACUUAGAAAGUGUAGUUCAACUUCACAAUAAAUUGCUCUUCUACAAAAGUGAUUUCUUCUGUGCCUUCGUUACUCAUUGUACUUUGGAAUUCAUCCUGCCUUUUUCCCCUUUUUGCUGUGGUCGUUGUUAUUAGUGAGAAAGGCUGCUGUUGGGAACUCCAGGCUAUUGAGGGUGACGCCUUCUUGUGUGCACAUCAGCACUUUGCA